AUGGACAAUAACCCCCUUUUUGAUGCCCGUGUGCAAUUCCCAUCACAUAAUGAGCCUCGAGUAUGGCUGAUCACCGCAGGCGAUUCGCCUAUUGGCCUCUCAGUUGCGCGGCAGGUCCUCGCGCAUGGAGAUUAUGCAUUUCUUGGACUAGCACAUUCAGCUUUGGAGCGCGAUGAACGUCGCCGUGAUGAAUUCGAAGCUUUUCUUGGUGAAGUGGAGCACCAUGAUGGCUGGGCACAGCGCAUGAAGACGGUUCCCCUAGAUAUCCGGAUGAUGGGAGAGUGCCAGGCAGUCGUGGCAAAUGCAGUCGCAACAUUUGGAAGAGUAGACAUACUUCUAUGCUGUACAAGUCAAGGUGACCCACCAUUCUUGAAGGUACCCUUGAACAAUAUAUUGACCUGCUCCCAAGCCCUUAUUGGAACAGUUGAGGAACUUUCUGCUUCAACUCAAACCAUGAAUCUCGUACGUGAUCAAUUCGAGGUUAACUAUUUUGGCCCCCUCAAUAUCAUCAAGGCCACACUCCCCCAUAUGAGGAAAGAGCGAGCGGGACAUAUGAUGAUAAUAUCAGGGAUCACGGCACACAUCGGUACACCCGGACUAGGAAUGUACUGCGCAGCAGGUUGGGCCCUUGAAGGAUUCUGUGAUAGUCUGGCUUACGAAAUUGCCCCAUUCAACGUCAAACUCACUAUCUUCCAAUGCAGCAUUGAAAUUGGCAUCCUCACCAACCUAGUAACAAGCGUCCCUCCAAUCUUCCCAGCCUAUUCACCCGCGAACAACCAAGCGCCUCUCUUCCGCGGCAUCCUCAACCACCUUAUCCCCCAACUUCCUGAUGCGUCUGUCACAUCUGAUAGUCCAGUCACACCUAGUCGAGCAAACGAUGAAAAUGCCCGAGUCAACUCCGUUGAAAAUGGCCCAUUCUCCGCUCCAGAAGUUGUCUCAAUGCACCCGCCAUUAAGCUCUGCACAUCUUGAGGUGCUGGUUUCUGAGACAGUCUAUGCCAUCACAUCAAUUGGUGGCCAUGAAAACCCUCCUUCGCGACAUAUCGUUGGGCAAGAAGGUGUUGCGAGUGUCAAGGAGAAGCUCAAGACUGUGAGUGAAGAGCUCGAAGACUUCAUACAGGCCAGCUUUGCUGUUGAUGUUGUUGCGGACUCGGAUCCUAUGCCUGGUAUAUCUGGAAUGAACGACGGGCCUUAG